AUGGUCCUCUUUGGCGGCAACGACACCAAGCGCAGCUUCGAUUCGGUGCACGUGCUCGAACGCCGGCCCGCGGACAAUGCGUGGUUUUGGUUCCACCCGUGCACGGUCGGUGUCGGCCCCGCGCCCCGGACGGGCCAAACCGCCGUGGCUCUCGACGCGUCGACGAUCCUCGUUCACGGCGGCUGGGACCCGCAGGUCGGCGCACAGAAAACAACGCUGUUUGGCGAUGUGUUUGCGCUCAACACGGAAACGUGGGAGUGGAAGCCAGUGAAAAUGGAAUCAAUGGACGGCAUGCAGCGCGUCGGCCACUGCGCGGUGGUCGCCGACGAAGGUACCAAGACCGUCUUGCUCUUUGGCGGCCAAGAUGUCCACGAGACGCGCAGCAACGAGGUGUUUUCGCUUACAUUGGCCUAG